GGGCCUUACGCACCUCCACACUCUCGCGUUUGCCGAGCAACGGUCGUCGGUUAGCGGAGUCAACUUUGUCUUCGAUGAGGCCCCCGACCGGCUGGCACUCUCGUGGCCGACGGCCUCCGACGCGGACCCGGACCCAAAGCGGUUGUCACUGAAAUUAUAAUCGUUCCGAAAACCCCGAACAGUUAGUUCUGUGCCUGAAUCAUCCCCCUUCGUCUGUUUUCAGUGUCUCGUACGUAAAAUACAUACGCAUCGUCGUUGUGCCUCGUGAUGUGCGUUUUUCGUAAUUCAAACAUACGUGCAACGUUAUUUUCUAUUCUUUUUCCUCUUGUGAUACGUAUAUGAUACAGGUGUUGUUACGGAUUCGUGGGCAUAUUAUAAUGUUAUUAUACCGAUUAAUCGUCGCUAUGUUCAAGUGUGUACCGUGUGAUUGAUCAGGUAGUUAAUUGUCGAAUUAUAGCAGCUCGACGAGAAUAUUGACUGCGCUAUACACAAGUAUUUAUAAUAACAAUUUUAUAAUCCGUUAAAGCGACCGGUUUAUGCCGAACAGGAUAUUUCACCGAUCAAGUAAUUGCUGCAUACUCAAAGUACUUAAAAUAAUAGAAAACAACCACUGCGGUUACCGUCGAACACCAUACAGUGACGUUUUUCUGCGGACUGUGAACUACCGGUUUCGUUGAGCGCGGUAAAUCAAGUGCGGUGAUGAAAAUAAUCGGUUAUAAUCCUUGAGAGUGUGGAAAAAAAUAAAAAUAAAAAAAUAAAAAAUCGUCAAUAAAGUAAGAAAUCGGUGUCCGAGCUGCAGAGAGCAGUCAUGUGGAAAGUGUUUGGUACGUCUUCUCGUUCGCACCGAGAUUCUAAUACACGGGGGAACGUAAUCGAAAACGUUGAUCGGGAUGAUCGUGAUUUAUAGCUGAAGCUGAUCACUCAUUUUCAAUUCUUCUAUUCACAUUCUCCUUUUUAUACUUCUUCGCAAUUUUCACACCUCGCGAGAGAAAAGUGCGCCGCGUGUUUCCUCCGCAAUUUUCGUCACAGAUUUGCCAUGUUCCUUGGAAGUAGUGGCUCGUUACUGUUUUCGUUGGGAUUGCCAGCUGGACGCACUUCCAGCCUUCUGGUCUGCGCGGACGUUUUUGGUGCCUGCUGAUCGGACAGCAGAUUGUGUCCUAAAACCAAAGAUUCACUCUGCUAUUCUGAAGACGACACCCUGCGGGACGAAUCGAAGUACGAGAAACCGUGGAAGUGUUUUACAACCGGAACGGACGCCAGCCGGCUUUGACUUCUUCGACUCUUCUCAGCAUCGCGUUGCUUCAACGCCGCAGCAACGCCCCCUACUUCUCCACCUCGUCGUCUUCUCUCUCUCUCUCUCUCUCUCCUACACUCUGCGCUGAUGGUUCUGAUAUCAUCAACCGGUUUUUAAGGGUUUUGAAGAAAAAAAAGGAACAAAAAACAACACCGCAAAAGCCAAGGAUGCGAAGCAGGAUCACCGCGCGGAAGAUUCUGGUAUCCGACGGCAGAUAAGAACCCUCUGGAAAGUGGAGGUGGAAGUAUACAGAGUGAUUUCUUGUCCCGGAGAACUGGAUAACGAGUCGAUCCAUCAAUCGAGAAUCGAGUCCCGUCAACCGCACCCGCAAUGGAUAUAACGGAGACGUUCGCGCCGGGCGGAGGAAACGAGGACCUUGGCAAGACGGAUUUCUUCGACUUUGUCGUGUCGCCUGCUCCGCACGGGCCGUCGGGAGACGGAGUUUCGGACGAGGAAGGCUUCCUGCACCGUUCCGCGUGCCGCAGCAUAGGCGUGAGUUUCCUAGACGGUCCACGGCACCAGGACACGCACGAUUUACGACACGAUCUCCACGGCUCACCGUUCGUCAAGGAGACGAACAACAACACGCUGACGGCGCUGCCACCGGUAUCUACGAUCACCGGCUCGCUGACGCACCACCACCACCAACACCACAACAACAGAAGCCACAGCUGCCCGACGCAGCAGAGCGUCGACGUCACGAUGCAGGAGCAGCCGUCAACAGACUGCGAUUACUGGGGCGACGAGGGCAAGGAGCAGACCUGUAGCAUAUUCCUGGAGGACCUUAGCAAGUACAACUGCUGGUCGACAGGCAGCAACUCGGGCCACGGCCAGAGCCACGACUCGAUAGUUCAGGGUGAGGCCGCGGGGCGUGGCUGCUCCGGGUCCCAUCGGCAGAACACCGAUGGUGCAAUCUAUACCUUGACGGUACUGAACAACGACGCAAACUCGAUGGACGCCCUCGACUGCUGCAAGAGCCCGCCGCCGCCGUCGACGGACUCUUGGCCACUGCGGCCGAACCUCGAUCUCGACGCAAUCCUGAACCUCGACCCUGCCAACGAUCACGAACACGAAACCGUUACGGAGAACUCGCGACGCGAGAGUUUCCACAUCAUUCCUGUAGCCGGAAUGGGCUCUCAGUACUCGACCGACGACAGCGGUUUCGUCGAGAGCAAGGAGCUCUGUGUCAGGGGUGGACAGACUCCGGCCCACCAGACCGGCGACAACAACAACGACUGGAAGCUCUCGGACCAGAACCACCUGCCGGAGGGCGGAAGUACCGGCGACUCCGCCGAGAGCCUCCUGCGCAGUGCGCUUCAGGGAAAACUCUACUCUGGCGCGUCCUCCCAGGCCGUGUCUUCGUCCUCAUCGACAACCUCCCAGACUCCGAGUCUGGCGCUCCAGGGAACGACGUCCGGCACCCCCCACGUCCAGAUCAUCGCCGACCACCAGCCCGCCGACGAGACGAUGCACCCCUGUACCGAAGAAGACCUCCUCCUCUCACAGCUCGAUGCGACAACCUACCGACCUGGUGACUACGAGAAGCUGAAGAGUAUAGCGAACGAGGUCGUUGAGUACUGCAGGAUCGAGCCGGUCUGCAACGUCUCCGCGACAACAACGGUCAUGUAUACCCUGGACCCAGCCAGCGGGAGCCUUGGAACGAUCACACUUCCGGCUGAUUUGAGCCAGAUGGGAACCGUGACCGUGGUCACAGCUGGGGGGCAGCAGGACACCGUCAUAGGGCAACCGCAAACCGGUGUCAGGACCGAAACUGAAACCGCCCCGAGUCAGAUUCAAAUUUCCCCAACGCGAGCGGCACCGGCAUCGACUUCCGGUACGACCAAGCCUACCAAGAAGUACAUGAGGCGGGUGAACAGGAACGGUAGCGGAGGUGGCGCCGCGGCCGGUGGAGCUGGGAGCGCGAACGGCACGCAGCAACAGGGCGGCGGGUCGCCGGGAAGCGUUCAGCGCAAAGAACGUUCACUCCACUACUGCAGCAUAUGCAGCAAGGGCUUUAAGGACAAGUAUAGCGUCAAUGUUCACAUCCGGACGCACACCGGGGAAAAACCCUUCGCUUGCUCGCUCUGCGGUAAGAGCUUCAGGCAGAAAGCGCACCUCGCUAAGCACUACCAGACUCACGUCGCGCAAAAGCCGGCCGGUGUUGCGGCCCCACCGACGCCAGCGCCAACACCACCAGCGUCGACCGCGGCGAGCGUGCAAAACACGCCUGCGUCCACUCCGGCUAACGGAAGUCCCGCGGCCUCCGUAUCGGACGCUAAUUCCGCGAGCAGGAGCCAGAGCAGUAACGAUCAGAACCCCAAUUCGUGCAAUUCCAGCACCAGCUAACCGGGGAUUAGACUGAUUAGAUGUCCUGGAGAGAGUCUGAGAGGCAGGGAUAGGCGCGGGUGGUUUUGGUUCUGAUCGAUUUUGGGGAAUCAAUUCCACCCUGCGAUGGAGGCGAGGAGCGGAUGCGAUUCACUUGCAGCGGCAGCGGUGCUACGCUGGUAGUCAGAGCGCCGAGCGCAGACUCGAAAGUACCUAUUACAUACGUAUACAGAAAAUGGACAAGGUCUUUAUUAUCGAAAUCCUAUUAGAUACGCUACAUAUGCGACGCGCUUAUGGCGAAAACGAGCGUGUAGGUAUAAAGAUAAGAAGAGCGGAGGUUUUCUUCUUUUUUUUUUGUGUGUAUUUCUGCAUUGUUACUGGGAAACAGUUGAAUUUCGAGGUCGGAUCAUUUUUAAAGCCGGCGAUUUUGGAUAGAGAAACGAUUACGAAAAGAAAACACAUGUUGCUUGUAUAGUGUAUGCUGGUUAGAUCAUAUUUAUAUGGUUGCAAGUAUUGGAAGAAUUGAUUACCUGAAUCAACUAAACAGAUCCUGUAGUCUUUCUGGGUUUUUGUUAAAUUUUUUCAUUUUUCGAAAAUUAUUUCUCAAUAAGUGGAAACGAAUAGAUGUACCUCAAAAACAUUACACUAAUAGAACACAAUAGAUUUUCAUCGACAUCGAUUACUUGUUAUUUUUCCAUUGAACUAUAAAGUUGAAUGUGCGCUGAAUCAAACAUUACUUUUCGAAUCAGCAAUUGUAUUUUUGUCAGUCAGUAAUCAUCGAAUCAAUUAACGAACUGGUCUUUUUGGUUUUCCUUAAAUUAAUAACUAUUCGUCAUAUCAAACAACUAUUCAACUGCAUUGUCCCGAAUUGGUGAUGCGGGGCUAGAAAAAAAAAUGUUAUGCUGGGAUUAAGAAUCGUCAUCUGCCAUGUAUUUUGACCUGCUGAAAACGAAUCUAGAGUCAAAAGUAGGGGUCGGUAAAGUAAUUUGGUCACUAAGCUGAAAAAAAAAAGUUGAAUAAAGAUUUUUAAAAAAAGGACCAUUUUUAUCUUGCAACAACCAUCUAUUUUUACACGUAUAUAUCAUAUCCAAUCGUCACAACUAGUUUACCUUUUGAGGUUAUGAAGGUUUUUAGCCUUCAGGAUUAUCGGGGCAUGGGACUUUCGAGUUAUUGGAGUGUUGGACUUUGAAUUUAAUUAGAGUAUUGGACUUUUGGGUGAAUAUAAAAUUUGAUUAUAGUAUAUAUGUGUAGAUAUGGGUGGCUGUUCCAUGAAAAAAAAAUUUCCCGACGUUCUCUUUUUUCAGUAAUUUUUAAACCUAUUUUUUGGCUUUAACGGACAAAUUAAUUCAUUCACUCCUACUUUUGCAAGUCGUAAUACAUAGGAAACGAUGGGUCUGACUCUGGCACAACAUCCUUUUUCAUUUUGUGGGCCUGUGUAAUUAAUAUUUUUAGGAAACUGAUUAUCGUUAUUUUCCAAAUCAGCUAAUAUACACCUCAGACUCAACCACUACAGUUUUAUUGCUUUCAACUAUUAGGCGUUUGAAUCAACUACUAUU